UGGACAAUGAGCAUGCGUACCUUGUUUGAAGUUGAUAAAUUGAAAUUGAACUUGCGUAAUUAACCUUUCUGAAUAGAAAAAAAAAACACAACAAAACUCUUCGUUUGUGAACAUGCGCAAUUCGUUCUCCGUAGCUUUUUUUUUUUUUUAAAUCGAAAGUGAGCACGCGCAUAAUGAGAGGGUUGGCCCUCUGAAGUUUGAACAGGACGGAAACGGCUGGUUCUGGUCUGUGAGUGGGGUUGUUCACUUUUUUGAGGGAAUAGGCCUAGUUUGCAUCUCAGCAUGUCAAUAGUAACAGUGCAACUUGGUCAGUGUGGUAAUCAGAUUGGUUUUGAAGUAUUUGAUGCUCUCUAUACUGACUCACACUGUCCCCAGGGACUCUGCUCUAAAAGAGAGAAUGAGGCAUAUCAAGCAUCUUGCAAAGAAAGAUUCUUCAGUGAGGAGGAAAAUGGAGUUCCAGUUGCCCGGGCUGUCCUUGUUGAUAUGGAACCUAAAGUUACCAAUCAAACACUAUCAAAGGCUGCCCAGUCUGGCAGAUGGAAAUAUGGCCAGCAUUCGUGCUUCUGUCAAAAACAAGGUUCUGGAAACAACUGGGCAUAUGGUUACUCUGUUCAUGGACCCAGGCAUGAAGAAUCUAUAAUGAACUUAAUCCAGAAGGAAGUGGAGAAAUGUGACUCUUUGAGUGGUUUUUUCAUCAUAAUGAGUAUGGCUGGGGGCACAGGAUCAGGGCUAGGAGCCUUUGUUACACAGAAUUUACAAGAUCAGUACUCAAACUCUUUGAAAAUGAAUCAGAUUAUAUGGCCUUAUGGAACUGGUGAGGUUAUUGUCCAGAACUACAACUCCAUUUUGACUCUUUCUCACCUGUACCGAUCUUCAGAUGCCCUCCUUGUUCAUGAAAAUGAUGCUCUUCAUAAGAUCUGUGCGAAACUGAUGAACAUCAAGCAGAUCUCCUUUAGCGAUAUAAACCAAGUCCUUGCACACCAGUUGGGAAGCGUGUUCCAGCCUGCGUAUUCUGUGGAAGGCUCAUGUCACUACAGAAGAAAUCCAUUAGGUAUUGAUUGGCAGGUACGGCCUCCUUUAUCAGGACUUCCUACUCUGGGUAAAGCAUCUCUCAACAGGGGGCUUCAUUUUAACAUGUCCAUUGCCAACUUGGUCAUCCUUCGUGGGAAAGAUGUGCACAGUGCGGAUCUGGGAGGAUUUAAAGAUUCAGCCCUCUAUACUUCUUGGUUAGAGCCUAUUAAUGCUUUCAAUGUAUGGAAAACCCAGCGAGCCUUUAGCAAAUAUGAGAAGUCUGCAGCAUUGGUCAGCAAUAGCCAGUUCUUACUAAAACCACUUGAUAUGAUUGUGGGCAAAGCCUGGAAUAUGUUUGCUUCAAAAGCCUACAUUCAUCAGUACACAAAAUUUGGAAUUGAAGAAGAGGACUUUUUGGACAGUUUCACAUUGUUAGAACAGGUUGUUGCCAGUUACUGCAACCUCUGAUCUCGAACAAAGGAAAAAAAGUACUUUAAGUCAUUUUUGGGCUAAAAUAUUUUCAAUAGUACUGUCUCUGUAUGGUGUUCAGAUCUCUACCUG